AUGAACUAUGUCGAUGACAAGCAAGUGCGUCGACAGUGGAAUGAACUAGUGCGUCAAACAGCGAUUCGACCAAAUCCUACGUGCACGCAGGCUCGCUUGUCACAGCAAAUACGGGCAGCUCGACCAACGGCUAUAGUUCGCCCAAAUGUUAAUUGGGUACCACCGACAGAUACUUAUCGGCCUACGACACCAUCUUAUGUGCCAUCGCCGAUACCAACAACAAUAACAACAUCAACACCGAUACAUUCACCAAAUUAUGUGCUGUCACCAAUAACGCCGCCGAGAACAACAUCAACACCAAUACCAGCACCGGUAAAAUCACUGACAGCGGCAUCAACGAUCGUUCAACCACCAUAUACAGCAAGAGCUGAAGUGUCAUCGGACUCAGACGUUUUGCAGAUAUCUGUGUUGGAACAAGAUCUCGAACUAUCAUCCAGUGACAGCGAAGCCCCUUUGGUUAUUGACGACGAGCAAACCGAACCAUCAAGAGCUCCGUCUCCACCUGUGCAACGUCGAUUGCCAUCACGCGCACAAGUAAAUCGAGAACGGUUUGCGGCCAUCACACCGUUUAUAUUGCCAACCAUUUCAGCACCGCCUCGACGAGAAUUAUCACCGACAUUCGCUAGAUUCAAUCCUGGUUUAGCUGCACCACCAAAAUCACAAGACAAUUCAGCUCAACCAGCCAUCGUGAUUAAUAAUUACUACGGUGUGAAUCUACCGAAUUCUCUGCCCCAAUUUGCACCACGAGAAGCCGAUGUUCGCCGUAUGACUCGUGGCCGAUUCGCUCGAUUCUGUAAACGGUCAACACAACGCCAAAUUGCGGAGGCUCUGGCUCUACGAAAAGAAUUUAAACGCAGCCAACCAUACUGA